CGGCAUCCAAGUCGGAACGUGCCGACGUUGAAGCGGAGGGUCGACGCGCCGUAAUCCGGGCCCCGCACAAAAACAGGACCGGACCGGGAAGUCGCCGCGAGCCGCCGCGCAGUCUGUGGAGGCGCUCUGGACAUGGAGCCUCCGCCCGAGAGCAGCCAAGAAGGCCCCGCUUACCACAGCCUGGGAGUCGAUGAGCUUCGAGGAGAACCGUCGGAUACGAAGCCUGCUGUGGUCUCCGAAACGGGAGGAGACGUCGAGAAGGAGCUCUGGGCCGGACCUGAGCAGGGAGCCGCGGCAGGAGGAGAAGAAAGCCACGGUGGCGCGGGAGCUCGCGGCCCCGUUGACGCCGAGAACCAGAAGGGCGGCGGCGGCGGGGAGGAGCCCCAGGACAGGCAGCAAUACCUCCACCGCAGCACGUUCAUCCCGUUGGAACUGAAGGAGCUGGAGAGCAUUUUCCAACGCUCUCAAUACCCCGACGUGUUCGCGCGAAAGGAGGUUGCCAUACCCAUGGAUGUGAUGGAAGUCAGUAAACCUGACAAAAGCAAUUUGGCUGAGUAGCCAUUCUAAAACCUGCUUCAGGAGUUAACACACUUUUGUUCCAGACAUUCUUAAGUUGUUGUUUUGGUUGCCUUUUCCAUGUUUGGGAAAUAAGUUUUGAAUUUUAGGGCUUUGGUGAUGGAAAAUGGGACAAGUAAACCCCACUUUAUGGAAAUUGCCCGU